GGAAUGGGGGGCUUGGCGGGGUACCUGGGGCUGCUGCUACCCCUCCUGGGGGGCCGCCUGGUGCCAGCGGAGGACGUGAUGUCUUUCAUGAUCUAUGCGCAGCGCAGCCUGAGCUCGGAGAAGGGGCCCGGCGAGUACAUAUACGAGGUCAACGGUGACGAGUUCUUCCACGUGGACCUGGAGCACAAGGAGACUGUCUGGCGGCUGCCCCAGUUUCCAGAUGGCAUCGUCUUCCAGGGCAAGGUUGCACUGCCCUACAUGGCCUCCCUCCGCGGCAGCCUCGACAAUUUCAUGCGCCGUUCCAACAACACCCCGACCCAGAACGUCCCCCCGAAGGUGACGGUGUACCCAGAGAAGCCGGUGACCCUGGGGGAGCUCAACGUGCUCAUCUGCCUGGCGAACGAGUUCUCACCCCCUGUGAUCCGCCUCACCUGGCUGAAGAACGGGCAGGAGGUGAAGGACGGCGUGGAGGAGACAGUCUUCUACCCCAGCACAGACUACUCCUUCCGCAAGUUCUCCUACUUGACCUUCAUCCCCAAUGCUGAGGACAUCUACUAUUGCCGGGUGGAGCAUGAGGGGCUGGCCCAGCCCCUCACCAGGGAGUGGAAUGCUGACAUGGAUAAGCCCCUUCCGGAGACGGCGGAGAAUGUGGUGUGUGGCCUGGGCCUGGUCGUGGGCAUCGUGGGUAUCAUCGUGGGCAUUGUCUUCACCAUCAAGAGCCGACAGAUGAAUGAGGCCAACUUACGUAAUCAAGGACAGAUGUGCCACUCCCUUCCUGUCAAGAUCUGUGCCUGCCUAUUUCCCCACCUGUGUCCUUCGCCGCUCCUUUCUUGGCAAAGCCUUUCUUCCUGGAGAGAGAAAUGGGGAGGGGGGCACUUUCCUGAUCGAUGUGGCCCCUCCCACCAAAAUGGGGCCCACACUGAAAUGGCCCUGCAGAGGCCCCACCAGCUGGCUGCCCAGGAAGGGAUCAGAGUUUCCCCGCUCAGCAGUGCCCCCAAAGGCAGACCCCAAAGGGUGGCUAGCUCCAGCCCCCGCUGGACCCUCAGCAAUGCUUUCCAUUUUUACAACGGUCAAGUUUGA